AUGUCCCUGCGGCUGGUGGGUGGAGGGAGCCGGUGCGACGGACGAGUGGAGAUCUUCCAGCACGGGACGUGGGGCAGAGUCCUGGAUGAGCAGUGGGACGUGCAGGAGGCCAGCGUGGUGUGCCGGCAACUGCAGUGCGGAGAGGCAGAGACAGCCUACAAUCCCCCGAAGGCUGAGAGAGGGACGGGUCCCGUGGGGCUGCGAGGGGUCCGGUGCGCAGGGCACGAGGCCAACCUGACCCUCUGCAACACCUCCCUGCCUGAGAGUGCACCAGGAGCAGGGAUUGCAGAGGACGUGGGGGUCGUUUGCUUGGGGAGCCGGCAGGUCCGGCUGGUGAAUGCGACUGGGCGCUGUGCGGGAAGAGUGGAGAUCUACUACCAGGGCAGCUGGGGGACCAUCUGCGAUGAUGGCUGGGACCUGUCUGAUGCCGCAGUCGUUUGCCACCAGCUGGGCUGCGGAGGGGCGGUGGAGGUGGUUGGCUCUGCUAAGUUCGGGGAAGGCUCUGGUCAGAUCUGGCUGGACGGUGUGAACUGCUCCGGGGCCGAAGCUACCCUCUGGGACUGCCCGGCAGGGUCCUGGGGGCAGCACGACUGCGGGCACAAAGAGGACGCAGGAGUCGUCUGCUCAGAGUUUGUGGCCCUGAGGUUGGAGAACAGCAGCAGCUGCUCCGGGCGCCUGCAGGUUUUCUACAACGGGACAUGGGGGAGCAUUUGCUCCAACUCAAUGACUCCCGAAACUUGGUCGCUGGCAUGCAAAGAGUUGGGCUGCGGGGAUGGAGGGUACCUGGCUACACCCCCACUCUACCACAACUUCUCUGGUCCCACCUGGUUGGAUCGUGUGGAGUGUGGGGAGAGAAACAGCUCCUUCUGGCAAUGUCCCUCCGCUCCCUGGCACCCGCAGUCAUGCGAUGACCUGCGAGAUGAGACCCACAUCACCUGCAAUGGGGCUGCAGAGGUGAGGCUGGAAAAUGGUGGCGGACGCUGUGCUGGAAGAGUGGAGGUGCAACACCAGGGCCAGUGGGGGACCGUGUGUGGUUACGACUGGGACAUGGCCGAUGCCGCAGUGGUUUGUAAGCAGCUGGGCUGUGGGUCUGCUCUUGAAGCUCCUCAGUACGCAACCUUUGGGCCAGGAUCUGGCCCCAUUGUUCGCUGUCGUGGCACCGAGUCUGCCCUCUCUGACUGUACACACAACGGAUGGGGUCAACACGACUGUGAUCACAGUGAGGACGCUGGAGUGAGGUGUUCAGGAUUUUUCCAGCUGGUCGGAGGGGAUAGUCCCUGCUCAGGACGUGUGGAGAUCCGUGAUGGGAACCAGUGGAAAACUGUCUGCGACUCAGACUUUGGUCCCAAAGCCGCCAACGUGGUCUGCAGGGAGCUGAAGUGUGGCACAGCCCUGUCCGUGCCCGGGUCAGCUCACUUUGGAGAAGAGUACACAGGGUUCAGGCUGGUGAACGGCAGCACGGCGUGUGAGGGGAGGGUGGAGGUUCAGGUGCUGGGGACCUGGGGCACCCUCUGUGCCUCCCGCUGGGAUCUCUUGGACGCCCACGUUCUCUGUCGUCACCUCGACUGUGGAUUUGCUGAGUCUCUUCCUGGAGGAGGGCAUUUUGGGAGAGGCACCGGCCCUGUCUGGAGAGACUCAUUCCACUGUAAUGGGACUGAAGCCCACCUGGGACAGUGCCCAGUGACUGCCCUGGGGGCCUCGCCGUGCUCCCACGAGAACGAUGCUGCUGUCAUUUGCUCAGCCGGCUCCAUGUCCCUGCGGCUGGUGGGUGGAGGGAGCCGGUGCGACGGACGAGUGGAGAUCUUCCAGCACGGGACGUGGGGCAGAGUCCUGGAUGACCAGUGGGACGUGCAGGAGGCCAGCGUGGUGUGCCGGCAACUGCAGUGCGGAGAGGCAGAGACAGCCUACAAUCCCCCGAAGGCUGAGAGAGGGACGGGUCCCGUGGGGCUGCGAGGGGUCCGGUGCGCAGGGCACGAGGCCAACCUGACCCUCUGCAACACCUCCCUGCCUGCGAGUGCACCAGGAGCAGGGAUUGCAGAGGACGUGGGGGUCGUUUGCUGGGGGAGCCGGCAGGUCCGGCUGGUGAAUGCGACUGGGCGCUGUGCGGGAAGAGUGGAGAUCUACUACCAGGGCAGCUGGGGGACCAUCUGCGAUGAUGGCUGGGACCUGUCUGAUGCCGCAGUCGUUUGCCACCAGCUGGGCUGCAGAGGGGCAGUGGAGGUGGUUGGCUCUGCUAAGUUCGGGGAAGGCUCUGGUCAGAUCUGGCUGGACGGUGUGAACUGCUCCGGGGCCGAAGCUACCCUCUGGGACUGCCCGGCAGGGUCCUGGGGGCAGCACGAUUGCGGGCACAAAGAGGACGCAGGAGUCGUCUGCUCAGAGUUUGUGGCCCUGAGGCUGGAGAACAGCAGCAGCUGCUCCAGGCGCCUGCAGGUUUUCUGCAACGGGACGUGGGGGAGCGUUUGCUCCAACUCAAUGACUCCCAAAACUUGGUCGCUGGCAUGCAAAGAGUUGGGCUGCGGGGAUGGAGGGUACCUGGAUACACCCCCGCUCUACCACAACUUCUCUGGUCCCACCUGGUUGGAUCGUGUGGAGUGUGGGGAGAGAAACAGCUCCUUCUGGCAAUGUCCCUCCGCUCCCUGGCACCUGCAGUUGUGCGAUGACCUGCGAGAUGAGACCCACAUCACCUGCAAUGGGAGACGGCCAGAAACACCCCCGGCCCUAGGGACCCUGUGCCCAAACUCCACAAGCUGCACAGACAGGGAGAAGAUUCGUGCCGUGGGAGGCGAGAACGGCUGCUCGGGCAGAGUGGAGAUCUGGCACCGCGGCUCCUGGGGGACGGUGUGCGACGACUCCUGGGACAUGCGGGAUGCCGAGGUGGCAUGCAGGCCUCUGAAUGAGGCUGAAUUUGGGGAGGGGACAGGCCCCAUCUGGCUGGAGCAGCUGGAGUGCCGGGGGACAGAGCCGUCUCUGCAGGACUGCUGGGCCCGGCCUGGGGACAGCGGUGCCUGCCGGCAUAAGGAGGAUGCUGCUGUGAACUGCUCAGAUCCCACGCGGGGCCGUCCGACCGGCAGCAGGAGUGUCUCAUUGCCCGUCAUCAUCUGCAUCAUCCUGGGAGCCCUUCUCUGCCUGCUCCUGGCCCUCCUGGCAGGGCAAGUGCGAAGCGCCAGGGCUGGGCGCAGGGGCUCCGAGAGAGCUUGGGAGCCCUUCCCUGAGGCCGUCUAUGAGGAGAUUGGUUACAGCCCAGCUUUGGAGAAGCAGGCAAGGUUCAGCGGCUCAGGCUCCUAUUCAGAGGGGUCCCUGACGAAGCUGCAGCCCUACCCCGGGGACAGCAAGGAGGAGGAUGGUCCAGGGUCAGCACCAGACAUCCCUGUCCUGGCUGGAGGUGACCCAGUGGAUGGCUACGAUGAUGCCAGGGAGGCUUCCGACCCUGGGGAGCAUCCUGCCCCUGGGCAGGAAGGCUGGGAAAUGCCCAGGGCACCAGAGGAGGGAGAAGGGCCCAGGGAUGCACCUGGAGAGGAGAAGGACGUGCUGCAGAGCAGGGAUUCCCUGCUGCACCAUCAGGAGGACAGGGCGUGA